GAUAGAACAGAAAGAAACAGUGGGCGAAAUGUACAGCUGCUGAGCACAAAGUUACUUCGCCCACCUUCUCCAACACCACAUUACCAAUACAACCUCCAGAAAAUAGCAGAACAAAAAAAUUCAAUAAAAGGGCAACCGUAAAAAAGAGCAAAGCGGAGUGUUAAAACGGUAAUAUCAACGGGGCUAGGAGCCCAACGACUACAUUAGCCAAUGACUGCUUCACCGGUUCAGGAGCAGCCACAAGGAGAAAAUAGCCUGUGCAAAAAUUGUACGACAAAUACACAACCACAUGAAAGUCAAAUGGCAAGGAAGAAGGAGAAAGAGGAAGCAAAGAAAAGUCACGAUCUCUCAUCAGAGGAAUUGUACGGUACAGUACAGAAAUAGAGCUCCGAUGGGAAGGUGAAGAAAGAAAAGCUCUCUGCCAAAGCCAGCCAACAACCGACUACCAAACAACUAUUCCGCUGUUUUUUGACCCAAAAAAAAAAAAAUUGGACAGCAUGAGGAAGUUGUACAGUAUAGUACAGAAUAGAGCGCCGGUGGGAAGGUGAUGAAGAAAGAAGCUUACUACCAAACAACCAUUCCGCCGUUCUUUAACUGCAAAAAAAGAAGGGAAAAAAGAAAAACAGCAGCACCAUCCAACCAAUCGUAUGCUGCCACGUGACGGACGACCACGCUGACGAGGCAACCGGGUUUUCGUGCUUAAUCAGACAAGCUUAUCGCCACCACGACUCUGUUUGUCGGUUCCAUACAAGCACGCAGAACACACCGCAUCUACGCUGUAACAAUAUCACAAAGCAGGCAUUGAGCACCUGCAGGACUACAACUUUUCCACCCAUCACAAAGCGACACAUCAGCAAACCGCACACCCUUUGGCAACAUUCCUAAGCACUUAAUCUACUUUAGGUUAAAUAAAAAAUAGUGGUGGUAUUGAACUCAAAUCUUGUGGUGAAGAACUACAUAUACAAAAGUCAGAGGAGCACAGUUUCCUUCCCCCAGAUAAGUUGCAAAACAAGACUAGAAAUUCAACUAGUACCUUUCCUAACUAAUUUGAAGACGGAAAAUAUGAGAUCUUGCUUAGUGAUCCUCCUCUUCUUCUCAGUUGUUUCGCUUGUGUGUAUUAGCGAGGCAGCAAGACACGGACCAGAGAAUUAUGGAAAUGAAACACAGGAGCUUCUUAAAUGGGCUUCCCGGAGUGGAAAUCUGGGUCUUCGUGCACUUUGGCUCAUUCUGCAUUUUGCCGUCACCAUAUGGUACUUUCUGCUGGGAGUAGUGCAGUCUUUUGAGAGCUUUCUCAUUGCUAGUGAUAUAUUGACGAAAUAUGAAGCCCUUGAUAUCAGCAAGGUUCGUUAUUUGGCAAUGGUAAUAGACAGUGAAGAAGCUCAAGAACUUUCAAAAGUUUUGGAGUUAUUGCAGUGGGUUGCAGAUAUUGGUGUGAAAAGUGUCUGCCUUUAUGAUCCAGAAGGUGUGUUGAAAAAGAACAAGGAACCUAUCAUGCAAAGAUUCAGCAGUGCAAACUUGUCUGAGGAGGCUGCUGUUAAUGGUCGGCUUGUUACCCGCAGAAAUCUGACUUUGGAGUUUGUUUCAUUUGAGGAUGGAAAAGAAGCAGUUGCCAAAGCAGCUAAUUAUCUCUUUGUAAAGCACUAUGCAAAUGGUACUAAGGAAAAGUCAGAUUUUACAGAGCCUCAAAUGGCUGAAGCUUUAGGAGCCAUUGGUUCUGGAGGAGCUGAUCCUGAUCUGCUACUAAUUUAUGGACCCACAAGAUGCCAUCUUGGGUUUCCAGCAUGGAGACUUCGGUACACUGAAAUAGUACAUAUGGGGCCAUUGAAGUCUAUGAGUUAUGGUUCCCUUGUUAAAGCCAUUUUCAAGUACACUAUGGUGCAUCAAAAUUAUGAAACAACUGAUGCUCUGGUCGCUGUGCCUUCAUGUGGUCAAAAGUUUGAAACAAGUUUCCAUCCCCCUCCUUUUGGGAUCAAGGAAAACUAUCAUGUUAUUCAUCUCCAUUUCCAUCUUUUUACCUUAUUUGGCGAGUUUAAUCUAAUGAAAAAUGGUUCAUAAGCAAUUUCAUCCGCAGUGACGUCAUCUUGUGGGACGAGCAGAGUUCGGAAGAUGGACCUGACAGACGCUGCUAGUAUGGUUUGCAUUUUAUUGAGAAUGUUCUUCUUUGAUUGUAGGACCAAAGUUAAAAGGUAUCUAUUGGCUUGUAUGCCCAAUUGAUUGACCUUUUCGUAAACUCAUCCCGUUGUAAACUCAUCACGUGAUGGAAAAUGUUUGUACUCCAUUUGCUC